CUGUAGAGAUUACUGCUUUCAGUGAUCGUUAUGAAGAUUUUAAGAAGCUGAAUACAAAAAUAUUGGGCGUCUCCGUAGACAGUGUGGUAGGUCUUUGUGCCUACAAAAAAUAACAAAAGAGCAAGGAACAUGACAUUUAGUAAACCUGGAUCAUUAUCAGCCAUGGCAAGUAGAAAACGACGUCUGCUGACAACAAAUGAAACUGUUCAAGCUAUACAAUCGGAGAAAGAAAAUCUUCUAAAGUUAAUUAAACAAGAGCAACCACUAGUAACACCACCAGCACCACCAUCUAGAGAAAUUGAAUAAUCUGUUGUGGAGCACCAUGUUGUAGAGGAGCAACAUGCAGAGGAUGAUCAACUUGUACAGGAUCAUGUCCAAAUGACAGAUUCAGCCACUCCUACACCACCCCUACAACAGCUGAACAUUCUGAAGCACAAGUGGAAGGGCCUUCAACUAGAAAAACAAGAGGCAAAACACAAAUGCACAAGGUACAUGGCCGGCAAGAGAAACAAUUAAUCACAUUAAACUAGAACAACCAACCUGUUGGUCCUAAAGAUGAAGCUGUAAGUGAGUUGAGCAGCUUCCUAGGCACAUUGGCAAGGAAAGCGACCCUUUGCCCAUUGGAUAUAUUUGAUCGGAGGCAUAUGGAUACUAAACAGGAGUUAUGGGAUUAUACCAAGGCCAAAUAUGAUAUCCCUGAUGCUGCAAAGCAUUGGAUUUUGGAAAGAAUUCGAGAAUCUUGGAGAAAGAACAAAUCUGAUUUGAAGAGAGACCAUUACGAUCCAUGGGAAAAUGAUGAAAUUCAAUUGAAGAAAAGGCCCAAAAGUGUUCCAGAAUGUCAAUUUAAAGAGCUCCUCGUGUAUUGGAAGUCCGAAAAAUUCCAGAAAAUGUCCGAAACCGAUAAAGAGAAUUGGAAGAAGUUGAUGAAUCCGCACACUAUUGAGAAGAAGAGUUUUUCUACAAAUUGGAAAAUGAGAAAGGGGAACUUUUUUGCUAAAGGAGAUGUUUGCGGUCCCAAGAGCAAGAAAAUUUGAUCGUACAUACAAGACGUCUGAUGAAGACACCACCAGCUCAAAUAAAGGAAAUUGAAACACAACUGGGUUCAAAUGAACAGUCCGUUGAUGCAUUUUCAGCCGUCAUGCGUGCUGAACAUCUGGGACAUGUAAGACUGCUUGGAGGGGGGGUUAAAAAGACCUCUUUGAAAAGAUUAAAUGAUAGAUCUGGACCAACUUUAAAUGCCACAAAUGAUGUUGUGCCACAAAUGCAAGAAAGGAUGCGAAAAAUAGAGGAUCAAAUCGAGGAGCAGAAGAGAACCAUUCGACAAGAAGUUGUUGCAGAUGUAAUUACUCAGCUUCAGUAUGCAGGAAUAAUUGACCCUAAGAUACUGGCGGCAUUGUCCAUUCCUUCACCAAUGGGAUCGACUUCAACGCUAGCAGCUACAGAGAGAAACAAUCAAAACCGUAAAGGUGAUCAUGACGUAGAAGAUGGAGGAAACGAAAUUGAUGAACUAGACUUGACCUAAGAGAUCGAUCACAUUGGCUUAUGUUACAAUAGCUGUUUGAAAAACUUGUGUAUGUUUUGAUUGAGAUUGAUCACAUUUGACCGAGUAGUUUCAAACAUUUUUUAUUUUUGAACAUUCAAAACUUGUGUAUGUUUUGAUUUUUUUGUAUGGUCAAAAAAUAUUUGAUUUCUUA